AUGAUAAUGACUAACAAAUCCUCAGAAGAAAAAAUACGUAAACACUUGGAUAUAAUUUUGAAAAAGACAAAAUUGGAUGAGAAGCAGGUAUUCGUUUUUGUCCAAAAUGAAAAUCCUACUCACGAUUUUGAUGGCAAAGUUCUUUUAUCUUCACCUUACCAAAUUAAUACUUUACCAGAUGGAAGUGGUGGUAUUUAUCAAGCAUUGUUGCCUGCCCUUCCAAAGUUGGAAAAAGCUGGACUUGAAUAUUUUUAUGUUUGUUCCGAUAAUAAUGUCCUCUGUCGCGUUCCAGAUUUGCAUAUGGUCGGCUGUGCAAUUGGCAAAACUGCUGAUUGUGUUGCGAAGGUAAUGAAGGAAGAAAGAAUCCUUCCAAAAGAAGUGGUUGAGAAACGCAAUCCGAAGAAUCCAAUUAAAUUGAUCUUCCGAGAGGGAAGUAUUGGCAAUACCUUCUUCACUCUCGACUUUUUAAAAGAGGCUUGUUUACAAUAUGAUUCUUUGCCAUUCCAUGAAAUACAAAAAUCUAUACCUUUUUGGAAUCCGAAUACUCGAAAGAUUAUUCAUCCGGUUGGGAAGAACGGAAUAAAGAAAGAACGAUUUAUUUACGAUGCUUUAUUUCAUGCUAAGUUUGUUUUUUUUUCAAUUUUAAAAUUUUUUCUGGCGAUUUUUUCCUGUUCUGAUUGUUUGAAUCCCAGAAGUUUGAAUUUGGAUACUAUUUUUAGUUAA